CAAUCGAAAUUCACAGCGAAGAACUUGACACGUGCACGUGUUUACAACCAUGAAAUCAUUGAAAUAUAAAUAAGGCGAUUGCCUGUAUAAUUUAAAAAAUUUCCACAAUUUAGAUGAAUCAGAUAAUGACAUGUAACAUAAAUCGAGAAAACAAUUCUAAAACAUCAAAGAUUCAAUAAUUUCUGGAAAUUGUCCAUCAAUACUUAAAGUUCUUUGUUUGUAAAAAUAUAUAUAUAUAUAAAGUAAAAUGAAACAAAGUAAUCAAGAAUAAAACGACACACGCAAUAUUAUGAUAUUAAAGUUUCCGGUCGCCUAGAAAAGAUAUCGGGUUGCUCUAGAUAUUUCUUUUUCUGUGAAUCCUUUCUUUGGUUGUCAAUGACAUGAAAAAAACAGGAAAAACACGACAAAUAUUAAGGAACUAGGACAUGAAUCAGAUGCAGUCAAAUGUAAAUCAUGGAGAUGGAAGCACAACAUCGUGUCGCAAAACCAUUCAAAACACUCGAUGAACUCUAUUCAAAAUUGGAUGACUUAAAGCCGUGGCCCGAUAUUGUUGAAUUACGUGAUUCCGUCGAUUAUGUAUUUUCAACCGAGAAUGCUGAAACAAUCAAUGAAAAAUUAGAGAAACUCGAUAGAGAACAACAACCAAAAACUAUUGUCUGUCAUGAUAUGAAAGGCGGAUAUCUCGAAGACAGAUUUAUCGACGGAUGUGACGCUCACGAUUCCUACGUUUUUUACAAUUGGAAUGUAAUUGACACAUUUAUAUAUUUUAGUCACAAUUUGAUAACGAUUCCGCCUUACGGAUGGAUAUCGGCAGCCCAUAAUCAUGGGGUCAAGAUACUUGGAACAAUAAUAACUGAACAUAAUGAAGGGGUUGAAGUUUGGGAAAAAAUCCUAGCGAGCAAUGAGGAGACGGAAAAAUUUGCAAACGCCUUGGUUCAAUUGGCAAAAUUCUACAAUUUCGAGGGUUGGCUUCUAAAUGUCGAGAACAAAAUAAAACAAGAGAGUACAGAGAGAUUAAUUUAUUUUGUCAAAAUUUUAACCGAUCGUAUUCAUGAAGAAAUUGAAAAUUCAGAAAUCAUUUGGUAUGACAGUGUAACGUGUACUGGCGAACUAAUUUGGCAGAAUCAAUUGAACGACAAAAAUUUAUGCUACUUUUUAAAAUGUGACGGAAUAUUUCUAAACUACAACUGGACGGAGAAAGGCCUAGCAAAUUCUUUAGCAUUGGCUAAGAAAGAAAAUAGAGAAAGGGACAUUUAUGUGGGACUUGAUGUUUGGGGAAGAGGUUGUCCUGGAGGUGGAGGAUUUAAUUCUGCAUAUGCUUUGAAACUGAUACGAAAACACAGUUUGUCAGUUGCAAUUUUUGCCCAAGGAUGGACCCACGAAUAUUUUGGACCAACAAAUUUCCAUAAAGUCGAGGAUACAUUUUGGGCUCAAUUAAUGCCGUAUCUUUACAUUCAUGUGCCAAUUUUUGAGAAUGAAUCAUUCGUAACGUCAUUCUGUCGAGGGAUCGGUCUAAAUCACUACAGUCGCGGAAAGAUUUCGAAUGAGGAGCCAGGUCACAAAACUAAAAAAGAAACGAGAAAUGCCUUUUACAAUUUAAAUAAACAAAAAUAUCAAACAAUUGGACAAUGGAAACAUUCAAAAAUAAUGACAGUCUCUAUUAUUGAGGAUAAAGAAGAGAAAAAUGAUCCGGGAAUAAGUGGUGUGACACCAUUAGCAAAAGAAAAUGCGACAAAACAAGAUCAAGAUUCUUCAAAGAAAGAGAAUCAAGUGAAAAAAGAGAAAGAAUACAAUUAUGAAACUGGACUCGACAUAAUGAAUGUUCGUGGUCAAUCAGUAACAUUUAGACCGAGAUUAACACCAGUACUUUUAAACUAUCUUGAAUUUCAUAAAGAUUUUGCUUUCGAUGGAGGAGGAUGCAUAAGAUUUGUUACAAAUAAUCCUGGUUCUCAUUAUCGGCUUUUUUUGGUUCAUAUUGAAUUCGCAAGAGAUAUUCAAGCAAGUAUUACUUAUCGAUUGGAGGAUGCCAGCGACCAGCCAUACAAAAAUAAUUUAUAUCUCAUUUUAGGCAAUAAUUUUUCAGUUCAAACAAUUUUGCCAUUUCAAACAAUUCAACUUGAUUCCGGGUGGAAGAAAAGUAUUUAUCUGACGAGUUUAAAAACAGUUAAUGAAAUUGGAGUGACAUUUUUGCGAAGGGGAAGUUGUAGUCUCGGUGAAAUAGUUGUUGGCACACUCAACGAUUCUAGAGGGCAGUGGAUUACGUCAUAAUAAAAAUACCUUUAGGAAAUAAUGUUCUCGACCGCGACCUAUUCUGUGUGUUUUAUAUAUAUGUAUAACGAUCUAAAGAAUGUUUAUACUAGGUUGAGAGUCACUUUGUGAAAGGAGGACUUUUCAUGUUCGUGGACACGUCGAUAUUUCAGCAAUAGUCUUCGCAAAAACAAUUCCUAACAGGUUGCGUGAGAGUCAUUACCAUCACCUGCGCGUAUUUUCAUUCAAAGUGUGCUUAAGUAAUCUAGCUAAUUUUUUAUAUAUAUGUACAAACAAGAUUCAUUCAAACGCAUAAAGUCAGAAGAAAAUUAAACCUAUUGUACAAUUUUAAAUUUUUAAAUUAUUGACAAACAACAAGGAAAAAGUAUUUUCAAUUUUUAAAUUCUCCUUUCUUUACCGCAAACAACUGAAUUUAUUUUAUU